AUGGUUUUCCCAAGUCUAGGAUGCCUGACAUGCAAGAGGCGUCGCAUCAAGUGUGAUUCCAUCCGACCCAUCUGCAGCCGGUGCAGCAAAGCAAGUCGAUCCUGUAUUUGGAGAUCCAACGAAGAAACAGGCCUGUCAUUUCGGAGCGAGAAUGCCUUUGCUCAAGGCCGACCGCGUCGUCCGAGAGGACAUCCAGUCGCGCGAGUCGUGAUAGACCCGUCGCCUGCAUCCCCACCUACUAUUCCACUCGAGACCCAUGCAUUCCACUAUUGGGUUGAGCAUUUCACGGCAUGGCCAGAUGACUUAUUUGACAUUGGACUCGAAUACGGUACCUAUGCGCUGCAGUACUGGACUUGCGCAGCCACGAACUCGAGUCUGCAGCUUGCCGUGUCUGCGUUUUCACUUGCUGUCUUUGGAUUAGCGAGGAAUGUGAACCAGGCUCUGGGGGAUGCAGACAGAGUGUAUGGCAAGAGUAUUGCUCGAAUCCGGGAGGAGAUUGCGAAUCUUUCGAAUGGGACGAUUGAUCAGCUUCUUGUUGCGACGUUGCUGAUGGCUAGUUACGAUGCCCGACAGCAGCAGGGAUUUCCGCGGAAUACGGAUCUUGACAGUGCUCUACGAAGGCCUAUAAUCCGCUCAUGCAUCCUUAGAGGUGUUUCUCUUCCACAAUGGCUCCAAGAUAACAAAAUAUUUAUCGAGAAUAGUCCGAUAUUAGAGCUUGAUGCACUCAUGAUUCAGGCUGCAAAUAUUCGAGCCAAAGCUCAAAACUGUCUGCAAGAGGAGAUUACUAUAUUCCAAUUGGGCCAGUUGGAUGAGCUGGUAUUAGAGGCGCGGCAAUUGGACUCUGCGUUUAUCGAAUGGGCCCGGCGCAUUCCCUCAGACUGGACGUUCUUCGAGGGUUUACGCUCGACGGAUACCGAGUACUCCUUGCAUUGCUACACAGGCCACGGCUAUGCUGCUAUUUGGAAUCGGUAUCUGGCUGUUCGUCUGAUUAUAAACAGUCUUUGCAUACGCCUACUUUCCACCGUAUCCCGUAUAACACAAUCCACAGGCACAGAGCUGGAACGGUGCCAGUCGAAUAUCAACUCCCUUACAGCAGGUCUAUGUCACGGCAUUUCUUCCUUUUUCAACAUGGCAGCCGCCCAACACAAGAUCACUCCCCAGAUGGCCAUUGUUUUCGCCUGGCCCUUGACAGUGGCUAUUAGCACCGAAGCAGUCCCGACAACCCAGAGAAAAUGGCUGCAAGGCCGGCUGCAUACCGUUGCGAGUGCCAUUGGAGCCGAGAGUCUUCAAGCGGUUGCUGAGAGCGGAGAGUUCAAUUUCUAG